GAAAAAAACAUCACUGAAAGAUCCAAAGAUACCUACGGUGCCGUACAGGUACCGGCAGCAAGACAUCAACAUCUCUAGCUAGCAUAGUACUGUAGGAAGACGGCAAAGGGAGCAGAGCUUGGAGCCAAUACAACAGCUUCAAUCAAUCGAACGAUAGAUGAGCUACCCUUGGAAUGAUAGAGCUUCACGGGGUUUGAAGAAUACUGGACUUUUGCUACCCAUCUUCUUGCUGUUGGUACUCUUCCAUGGCCAUGCUACUGAAGCGUUGACAUCUCCGAGGCAGCCCAGCAACCAGUUGGUUUCUCACAGGGCAUCUCUAUCAGAGCUUUCGGCGACUACCUCCACAACAACAGCUUCAGCCGCAGAAGAAUUGGAGGAAUGGAAAAAGACGUUGGGCGUGUCCACCGGUGGUCGCAGACAACGACGGCGACAAAAGCGUAAAUCCAAAGCAGCCACUGCUGGCAGUAGUGAUGGCAACAAAUCUUCAUCCAAAUCUACCAAAAGCAGCAACGACGAGGAACCCACCCUGUCCUCGGAAGAAAUCCAGUCGGUAACGCUCCUGCCAAACAACAACGACAAUGAUGACAAUAAUUUCAUGGCCCACAUUCAGUUGCACAAUGGCACACAAUUUACCGUGCAUCCGCCCUCUUUGCAUCAACGUCGGGAUCAAGCUGUUUGGUUGGCCGUCCGAAAACAAGUCAAUGUCACGGCGUCCGAAUUCAGUGCCGUGCUGGACAAGAGUUUCUUUACCAGUCGCGAAAAACUCCUUCACAUUAAACAAGGCUUGGCAUCCCCGGCACCCUUUAACAAACAGGCAUGCGACUGGGGACUCCGCAUGGAACCCAAAGCACUCGAUGCCUACCGCAAGGCCACGGGGAAUACCGUCCACGAAACGGGGUUGCACAUUGCCACUUCGACUGCCAACGAUGAGACGUUGUAUUAUUUGGGAGCCAGUCCGGAUGGACUCGUCACUACCAAUGAUACUUCUAGUGAAGGCCUACUGGAGAUCAAAUCGCUGUGGGGACGACGCCACCAAAAAGAAUUGCCCAAAUUUGAGCAUUGUCCCAAUCGAUUCUAUGCUCAAAUACAGGGACAAUUGGCCAUUUGCGACAAGGAAUGGUGCGAUCUAAUGCUCUACAUUCCUCCUCGACCACAAGCCAAACGACGGCAUUAUGGCAUUGUCCGAGUGCCACGAAAUCGAGAGUAUUGGGAGACGGAACUGAAACCGGCGUUGCAAGCGUUUGUCCGAGAAAUACACGAAUGAAUCAAGCAGGGGGUCGUAGAAUGAUGCCAUAGCUGUGUGUUUAUAGUUAGUUGUGAAACUUGAGCUGUGUG